GACAGGCAAACACAAAAACCGCCUAUAUUGUCUGUUGUGAAUACGAUGAUUCUGCGGCUGCUUUACGUUCAAUAUGGUCUCAGCUGGAAGCCUCUUGUCCGUACAGAAUUUAAAGAAGUCGGAGGACAAAAAAUAAAUGCGUUGCGUUUUAUGAAAAAUAACAAAUUAAUUACGGCGAAGUGCCUAGGUGUGUAAGAGUUAUUUAUUUCUGUGGCACUGGGGAGGCUUAUUUGACGAGAAACUGAUGUGAUACAGCCGUGACCGUGCACUCGGAUGACACUUGUAAUCUUUUACAAAAACGUCACCGGAAUCCCGCCUCGUUUCUCGCCGGGGUAAGCCCUCGUAUGCAUGACGCGACGAUCCCAGCCAGCCAAUCACAGCCGGCCUCUCAUAAUCAUUAUCUCCCCCGUGUUAGAGCAUAUUGAAGCGAAUUGUCAAGCUCACGGGAUCUACUAUUCGACUGAAACCCUGGCCAAUUUUUUAAAAAUAUAUUUCGUAGUAGCGUCUGGACUUGAUGAUUUUCCCCAGUUCCAGCCGGGACCAAAGCGCCAUGGCUUUUAACCCUCUGUUUCUACAGCGGCCUAUGGACUACGCGAUGGGGUCGCUCUUAGGGCAGCACCCCUACCUUCCUGGGGUCGCCUUCCACCCUACGGGUCUGACGGCGCCCAUGUUGCCCAAGUUCCAACAGGCGAUGGCUAGGUCGCCACUCAUGCCCGGGGACUUCCUGCCCCACCCCCAGCCGUACAGGCCGUUCCGGGGACUGGAACCCACGGACCAGGAUAUCCAGGAUGACCCCAAGGUGGAACUGGACAGCAGAGACUUGUGGGAGAGUUUUCACCGCCACGGAACCGAGAUGGUCAUAACGAAAUCUGGGAGACGAAUAUUUCCUCCAUACAAGGUCAAAGUGUCGGGUUUGGACAAGAAGGCGAAGUACAUUCUGUUAAUGGACGUCGUAUCGGUUGACGAUUGUCGUUACAAGUUUCACAACGGGAAGUGGAUGGUUGCCGGCAAGGCGGACCCAGAGAUGCCCAAGAGGAUGUACAUCCACCCUGACUCCCCCAGCACGGGAGAACAGUGGAUGCAGAAACUCGUGUCCUUCCACAAGCUGAAGCUGUCUAAUAAUAUAUCUGACAAGCACGGAUUUACAAUACUCAAUUCGAUGCACAAGUACCAGCCACGAUUUCACCUCGUACGGACAGACGACAUUCUAAAACUUCCGUACAGUGCUUUCCGGUCGUACGUGUUUAAAGAGACAGAGUUCAUUGCCGUGACGGCCUACCAGAAUGAGAAGAUUACACAGCUCAAAAUUGAUCACAACCCAUUUGCCAAAGGAUUCCGAGACACAGGUGGAGGCAAAAGAGAAAAGAAGAGAAUGUCGUCAGUGACGGCGAGUUCAUCGUGCACAACACAACGCACCCCGGACAGUACGAGCAUCCACCUGGACGGGAACCAGUCGACCCGGAGAGAGAAACCCGCAGACACGGACAUCAGUUUGAUGGAAGAAGACAACGAGGACUCCGUGCAAGAUAUAUCUGUCGACGACGAUGACGACGACGAUUGUGACGAACAUUACAACGUCGUGGCAUCUACAGAUUGUCAACCCAGUUCACAGACACAAGAACGUGUUAGUAUCUCAGAUGGUAAAGAUUCAAGAGACAAAACAGACAUCCAUUUUGUUAAAACAGAAAAUUCAUAUGCAGAAGAAACAAAACUCGACGGAGAACAGUUAACGUCACGCGACACACCUUGUUCCUCACGCGAUUCGCCACCUUGUUACUCACGUGAUUCACCCUCAGACAUGUCACGUGGCACGUUGCGCGAUUCGUCAUGUAAAAGUCCGCCACUGUCAUCAAAACACUUACCAUCAAGUUCGGAUUCAAACGCUGAAUCAGAACACAAAAGAAAAUCAUCUUCACACGGGGCAGAAUCGAACACAAGAACCAGCAGAACAACAGACUCUCGUAAACCUCGCAAGAGCGUUUCCCCGGACUCCCCCGAAAGCGUGAGAACAAAGUGCGACUUUCAGGAGACAGCGCCCAAUCUGUCCUUCCCCGUGAGCGCCAUGCUGCCGAACCCAUGCUCCUCCUCAGCAAGCCAAAACCCGAUGUUGCCCUUGCAGUACUUCUCGGCCGGCGGUCACUUGGACAUGAGCCAGAUGGCGAACGCUCACCUCCUGCACUCCUUCAACCCCGCCAACUCCCUGCUGAACGCUCAGCUAUCUCUACUCGCUCCACACAUUCUUCAACAGAGCUACAGCAACGCUUUAGGGUUGUCGCGAGAGUGCAUGUCGACCUCCCUUCCGGGAUGUCCGCCCCACUACGGACCCUUGUUCUUCUCUCGUACCGCCGCCGCCGGGCAGAGAUUUAACCCUUACAUCAUCCCACCGUCGUCGAGAGGAUCAACGGCUAGGCACACCGCCUCUUCUCCUAAUGUGUCCAACAACUUUUCACACAGGCACCAGAGAUCACUGUGCGACCAGGCCAGCGUUUGUGCGCGUGACUUGAACGAGAGGAGGCUAAGACUUCCGGUUCCGGCGGACAGUCCGGGUCACGUGUCGCCGGAACAAACCGGACACGGGCAUGAGUUGAAAAACAUGGAGCGGAUGCUCACUGGUUUACAGAAGGGACAUCCAAGGAGAUCGUCAUUUGAGAGCAAUAGUUUAAACUGAGAUUAAGAGACGUGUAUUUAUUAACAUUCCAUGUGGAUUCUGUAUUUCGCACGUGCAGUGGUAGUACGUAUAAUUGGAGUAAUAUCUGUAGAAAAAUAUGCCGAGAUUUUUUUCACUGGUACGAAAGAGAAUUGUUAUUGAUAUUACUUAAUGCAGUGGUGCAUUAAUGAUCCUUUUUUCCGCGAAAAACAGUUUAUAGUAAUUAUAUUGAAACUCCAAGUGUCUUGCUUGGAAUAUGAAUAUUUGUAAGUCUGAUGCGUUCUUGGUUGUCUUAUUAUUUAUAGAACUCAAGAAAGUAUUAGCAUGCGUUACCAUUUGCCAAAACGUAGAUAAUGCUCUUUUUUUUUAAUUUUAAAAGUACUUUAUGAUAAAUACAUGCUAUGGAUUCGUCAGGAAUAUCGAGCCAAGCAGAACUCAUCUACAUAUGGGGUGUGCCAGAGGAAUUUGUGGGAGAAAUUAAUAUUUCAAAACAUUUGCGAAAUUUUAUUUUAAAACACCAACAUUACAAUGUUCUCAGAGUAACAAGCACACGACCAUUAACUUUGGUCGCGAGUUGCAUUGGUAAGUGUAGAUAUGGUCAAGUCACAUCUAGAAUCUCAUGGACUCUGUCUUGAACAGAAUUUUGACUUAGGAAGAUGCUAUGAUAUUGUUGUUUGAUUUGAGAUAGCUGUUUGAAUGAAUGCUAAAUAACAGACGGGUUUUUUAACAGUACUUAUAUUAUUUGAUACUAAUUAUCACACCAACAUCUCUAUAUUUUAAUGUCUAAACUCAACAAUAUGUUUUAAAAAACAACACAAUAUGUGCAAUAUACGCAAAAUAAACUUACUGCAGUUCAUAAUGUUUUUAUAUUUUUGCCACAUUAAAGGGACAUUCCUGAGUUCCAUUGUAAGAUGUUUCCGACUAAUAAAAUAUUUCUACGAUUAAACUUACAUAUUAAAUAUAGUUUCUUGUUUAGAA